UUGGGUGACAUAAAAGUUAAUUGUCUGCUGUAUGCUGAUGAUGCAGUGCUUAUUGCACCAUCAGAAGCAGAACUGCAGGCAUUAGUCACGUGUAUGAAAGAGGAAUGUGAAAUUAAAGGUCUCCGUUUGAAUGCUAAUAAAACUAAGGUUCUGGUAUUUGAAAAGGACGAAGAGAGAACGAAAUGUGAAAUAUGGGUAAAUCAGGAAUGUCUAGAACAGGUAAAUGAAAUUGUAUACUUGCGGAGUGCUUUCAGCCGGGAUGGAAGAUAUUAUUUAGAUGUGGAUAGGCGUGUCGCUGCCGGAAACAAAGGCAAUGGUGCCCUGAAUGCAUUAGUAAAAAGGCAAGGCAUGGUGAAGAGUGCACGCCUUGCAAUACAUAAUGCAGUGUUGGUACCGACUUUGUUAUAUGGCAGCGAAACCUGGGUAUGCCAGAAGAAGCAUAAAAGCAAGUUGAAUGUAGUGGAGAUGCGAUCUAUUCGUAAAAUGUGUGGCGUUACCUUAGCCGACCGAAAGCGAAACGAAGAGAUUCGCAAUAUGGCAGGAUUGAAAGAUGACCUUAUCACAAAAAUUGAUAGAGGCGUACUCCAAUGGUUUGGGCACGUUGAACGAAGGAGUGAAGACCGAAUGGUGAAGAAAAUAUAUAGAGCGAAAGUAAAUAUUAAAAGGUGUCGAGGUAGACCGAGACUAACUUUCGAAGACCAUGUGAGCAAAUUGCUCGAAGAGGGGAGGGUCAAGAGUACUCGGAUACCUAGACGUGCAUGUAUGAAGUUAAUGAACCUGAAAGAAGCGAAAGAGGUAUGUAAGGAUCGUGACACUUGGCGAUCUGUUCUCUCUGGCUAA